GGCCGCCGUGGCGGAGCGCUGAGCGCUGCGCGCUGCGGCCGUGCCUGCGGCCAUGGAGGCGCGGGAGCCGCUGCGGGACCUGCGCGGCGCCUUGCGUGCGGUGCUGGACCGGAUCCGAGAGGGCGAACCGGGCCAGGGCCGCGAUCCGUUCGAGCUGCCGCGCUUCUGGGACGCGCUAGGUCAGGCAUUCAAAGUAACGUCACAGGAAGCUACCAAGCUCAGCCUGGCGUUCUCCAGGUCUCCGCUGACUUCUGCAGAGGAUUGCCAGAAGCUGAGUGAAGACGUCCAAAAUGCCAUUCUUGCAGUUGCCACAGUGUACUACUGGCUCCCCAAGGGCCAAGGUACUACUCUUCGGAAGAUGGUUCGAGAUGCCACCACUGAAGUAGUGGAAGGAAUGAUCCAACUCAUAGAAACAAUUCUCAGCUCCCCGUUGGAGAGCUUGUCUCAGGAACAGCUCAUCUCAACAGCUGGGGUGUGGGAGGCCUGCGAGCAGGUGGCCAGCCUGCCGCGAGAUAACCAGGCAGCAGUUGCAGCAGCUCUGGCUGCAUGCCUAGGUGUGGUCAAAGAUGCUGUGAAGGAGAUGGAACGGGCUCUGGUGGAAGGGCAGGACCCCUACAGUGACAUCCUGGAAGAUGAGGAGCUGGGCUUUCGGGGUAACAGAGAUACCUACUGGUCUGAGGCUGACCGGAGACUGCUCAGCUCCUGCAUGGGGCUGAUGAAGGCUUCUAAAGCUUGCCUGAAGAAGAUCUUGGGUGCAGUGAGGGCUUAUGGCAAAGCUGAUUCUGCAGAGCAGAUCACUCAGCUGGAUGAUCUCGCAGACAUUGCUCAUCAAAUCAGCCCAAGCGUGGAUGAGCUGGCCCUGAGCAUGUACCCCCCUGUGAACCAGCUGGCUGUGAGGCUCAAUGCUGCGAAGCUGGCCUCAGUGUUAAAGAAAGUCUUAGAGAUUACAAAGAGCAGCCACAUGUGUCCCCCGUCAGAGGAAGGCUGGGUGCAGUUCCUGGCGGGUGCGGUAGAUCACAACAUGAACAAAAUCAAGAACUUAACCCAGGGCCAGCUUUAACUCUUCCCUGGCUGCACUGGUGCUGCCACUGGCUCUGGCAUUCCUUUCUCCAGUGACUCUUGCUGCUCUCCAGCUGCUGGGAGAGCCAUGGGAGCAAUGUUUUCAGGAGAAAACUUUACCACCCCUUGGUGAGACUGCCCCAGAAGUUGCUCUUGGCUGUUCAGAAGGUGUCAUUUUGCUUGGAUUUCUGGGAUGCUGCAGUGCUGCAACUUCAUGCUGUGACCAUGCCCCAUUCUUCAGGCACUGCAGCUGCUGUGGGCUUCACACAACAAUAAAAGAUUGCUCUGCUUGCA